CAUCAGGGAGCCAGGAUGCGUGCUUCGCUCAAGUUCGCCGGAAAUGAGAAGAGUGCAGAAGAAAUGUCAAAUUCCCAUCGACGAAUUCUUUUUCCUCGCGCCGCUAGUGAGCUUGUUUCGCUGAUGCCCCGAGGGGUCUACGUCCCCAUGCUCCCCUCCCCCAACCCCCCAAACCUCGCGCACUUUUCGCGCAUCCCUCCCCCUCCUCUCCCCACGAUCCCCCGCAGCCAUGCACGCGACCCUCGUCGGCCCCAAACAGCUGGUCCAGGCUGACGUGGCACCUCGUCGAGUUGGCGAAAGCUUCGCGAAACAGCUCGCGAAUUGAAGCAAGCAGGGCGACAGCUGCAGGUCUCGCGUGCAGAUCACACGUGUAACGCAGUAAGGCAGGGGUCGCGCGCUCCCCUUGCGAGUGCUACGACGACAAUUCGCGCUCCCCUAGCUUUCGAAAUUCGCGCCUCGUCGCUCAGAAUUUCGCGCUGCACCUAGGACACGGGAUAUGCCAUGUCGUCUACCACAGCAUGGACGGGUCCCCUCCGCUCACCCGGCCCCUCCACUUAUCUCCCUCCAUCCUCCCCUCCCGCCAUGCGCGCACCACCAUCCCGCCGGCGCGUUCUUUCUUGCUCCCGCUCCUGGCUUUCCUCGCUAUCUGGCGCCACGCCACCGGCCGAAUCCCUCGCCACUGCCUCCCAAGGCCCCAUCGCCUUCGCUACGUCCUUGCGUCCUGCUUGAGCCGCUCUUUCUUUCUCCUUUCGUCCUUUCGCGAGUUUCUCUCCAUUCCGUUCCGUUCACUCCGGCGGAAGUCGACUCUCAUUCGCUCUGCUACCUACGUCCUCAUUCACACCAAAUUUUUGAGUAGACUCGAAAAUCGCCUCAUUCACACCAAAUUCCGAGGCACUAGCUCUCGCUGUACCCACUAGGUAGUAUCUCUGUCACUCGUGCUCCUUAACUACCGUAACCUCUGCAUCACUCUCCGCCUCUACUCCCAGUACUAACUCGUUCGUAACCUGCUACCACAACAACCUGCUUCACUCCCUCAACGAGUCACCCCCCAAGCACAAGACCCUCCCUCACCCAGCAUGGAAACACAAGCGGGUCGACCCGAGCCAUCCGGGUUCCGCAGCAAGCGUCCAAGAAAGGCCGCCCAGUGGCUGAACCCGCUGCUGCGCUUCCUGCAGCUCGCCGCGGCCGUAUGCGCGUUCCCCGUGAUGAUCCGCGCGGGCGCGGGGCUGCUUUGGUUCUCCAACUGGCACGCGUUCUCGUUUCUUAUAGCGGGGACGGUUAUAGCGGGGUUCUGGGCGCUGCUGAUGCUGCUGCUGGACUGCUUCUUGGCGGCUACGGGGAAGAUGCUGCACUCGACUGCGCUGCUGUGGGCCAUCGUGAUUGGCGACUUUAUUGCUCUUUCCAUGGCCCUCUCUGCCGGCGCUGCCACGGCUGCCAUCACCACUUUGAACGACCAGGGCCUGCCAGGGCGCCCCUUCAUCUGCACGGGGUCUACGCCCUUCAACACCUUCUGUGCCCGUACCAAGGCAGCAGCAGCCAUGGCGCUAAUCUCCGCUGCCUUCUUCCUACCCUCACUGCUCCUCAGCGGGGCCAGGCUAGCUUCUGAGUUCUAUGAAGAGGAUGAUUAGCCUUGUUUUGAGGAGCACUAAAGCAGCAGCAGUCAUGGCGCUCUUUCCGCCUCCUUCCUGCCCUUGCUGCUGCUCAGCGGCACUAGGCUAGCUCCUGAGUACCUUGAAGAGGAUGAUUAGUAGUAUGACGCCGAGUAUUAGGAUGCUAGUCUUGCGCUGAGCCCCUCUAGUGCCGAGCCUUGGAAUAGUAUCAUGAGGCUUUAGGGUUCCAACUAUU